AUGACUCCUAUCCCGGUCCCGGAAACAGCGUACCGCUUCGACAAUCUCUCACAAGAACCUUAUAGAGAACGCGCUUUUCGAUUAUUCAUCCUUUACCCAGGCUCACCAAAUAGCGAACUCGAAGGCGAUAUCGUGACGUGUCGCUUAAAGAAACCCACAACCAGCUCCGUGGUCAUCGAUGCUGCUGACCCAGGCGACUACGAGGCUUUGUCAUACACUUGGGGAUCAGUCACGGACGAUGACCCAGUGGUCAACAUACACGACCGAGGCACAGUCAGCAUCACAAACAACCUAGCUUCCGCAUUACGAGCAUUGCGGGCACCCAGAUUCAAGAAACGGAAGCUGUGGAUUGACGCUUUGUGUAUUGAUCAGAAGAACCAAGAAGAGAAAAGUCUACAGAUUUCUCACAUGUCCAUCAUCUUCAAUUCGGCAACUCAUGUUCGUGUCUGGCUAGGACCUAAGGAUGAAGACUCCGAACUCGCUUUCAAGUUUGUGGGAAACUGUCUGGCCAGUGAUGAGUUCGACAGAGCUAUGCGUGAUCCACACGUGUCGAAAGACAUCAAAGCAUUGGUUUCUCUAAUGAAGAGGCCUUGGUUUAGUCGAAGGUGGAUCGUACAAGAAAUCGCAGUGGCCAAAAAAGCAACACUUCAUUGCGGCGAAAAAGUGUUGCCGUGGCACGAAUUUGCAGAUGUCAUCUCGCAGCUAUCGACCAGACUGUUCGAAAUGAAGGCGCUUUUCAAAAAGUCGCCUGAAUUUCACAACCACGCCGAUUACUUGGGUGACAUUUCUGAACUAGGAGCAAUCCGCUUGGUGGAGUUGACGGACGACCUCUUUCACAAGACCGAAGAUAACAAGAUCCGCGACAAAAACUUUUCGCUCGAGGCACUAGUGUCGACAAUGUCUGCUUUUGAAGCUUCGGUUGCUCAUGACAUAGUCUAUGCAAUCCUGUGGCUGUCAAAUGAUGCAGUUGGUGUCGCGGGAUUGCGGCGCGAUCAAAGUUCACCUUCAUCCCCUGCGAUGGCUCCUGUCGUUUCUGAUCAGUUGUCGAUAGACGCUCAGCUCAAGAGGUCUCUGACAGAUGGCCAUCAAAGCGCCAACGGCGACAACAUUUUCAAAAGAAGAAAGGGCGAGGAUAAAGAUAUCCCCUCAAUCCAAAUCAGCGGAGUUGGUGCGAAUACAGAAGGUGCAACUCAGCACUUUCUCCGAGACAACAAUGCACAAACAGUGACGAUGAUCGCGGACGCUCCUUACUGCUCUUCACCACCAGCUGACAGAAGCUCGGCCACAUCACCCUUCCCUGACCACUCAUACACACAGCAACAGACGGCAAUUCAGCACACUUCGACUCAGCCCUCGCAUCAUAAUGGAAACAACGGUAUCGUCGACAGCUUGCAGCCCAUCAACGCAGCGGCUGCCUUCAUGAGCCGCGGACGUAGAAGAACCCUCUCUGAUGCUAGAAGCCCAGUAGACAAAGAACAGAUUGUCGCCCGACUCAGCAACAACUUCCAGCAACGCAGAAUCUACCUCGACUACAGCAAAUCCAUCUUCGAGGUCUGUCGUGAGGUUCUCGAGUUCGCAAUGUCUAGACCUGAAGCCACCCUGGAUAUCUUGUGUCGACCCUGGGCCCCAGAUGACCCAAACGAUAAAGUCUUUCCCUCUUGGAUUCCAAGACUGACCAACAGAAUCGCAUUCAAACCAAACCGCAGAGGUAAAUACCAACGCGUCAAUGCAAACCCUCUGCUGGGUAGAUUCGACUCCAACGGUCCACCGUACAAAGCCUCGCACAACCUCACCGUCUACAAGAAGUACGAUUUCUUCCACGGCGAUCCGCUACGAGAAAGAAGCCUCCUCAUCAAAGGCUUAAUCCUGCAUACCAUCGAAUCCACAGAGCUAAAAUCAAAUGCCACCUCCGGCACCAUACCAGCAGACUGGCGCGACGCAGCCCAAUGGCACGAAACCAUACCGCCCGAGCAGAACCACCCUCCAGACCCUUUCUGGCGCACUUUGGUCGCCAACAGAAACACACACGGCAGAAAGCCUCCUCUAUACUGGAGACGAGCCUGCUCCGAAGCAUUCCAAGAAGCCCCUAGAGACGACGAUCUAGAGACCUCUCUAGUGCUCAGCGGCAACCCGGCCUCUUCAGUCAGAGAAUUCUUACACCGAGUACAAGAAGUCGUCUGGAAUAGACGUCUAGCACGAAUCACCUUGAAACACACUGGUGUGGUGACUUUGUGUCUGGUGCCCAAAAAUACGCAACCAGGAGAUUUGGUAGCUUUGCUGUAUGGCUGCAAUGUACCUGUUGUGCUGCACAGGCACCAGACAGAGCAUAGAGGCGAUGCAAAGUUGUAUCGUAUGUUGGGUGAGUGUUAUGUUCAUGGCAUGAUGGAUGGCGAACUCAACAAUCAUCGAAAAACCAUGCCCAAGCCCAUGCUGCUGCAAAGGGAGAUGGACUUUGAGCUCGUGUGA